GACUCACACAAAGAAGCAAUUCAUCAGAAACACAGUAAAAGGAAAAAGUGGACUAUUUAGUAGAAAAUGAGUUCUGAGUGUCAAUACCAGAUUCCUACCAUAGAUUUCUCAAUCCAUUCAUUGGAAGUAGACCGAGGAACCAAAGAGUGGUACAGUUUGUGCGAGAGAGUUAGAGAGGCUUGUGAAAACAAUGGUUUCUUUGAAGUAGUGUAUGACAAGAUACCUCUGCAGUUACGAGCAGAGACCUUCUCUAUGAUGAGGCAAGUCUUCGGCCUUCCUCUAGAGACAAAGAAGAAGUAUUGUAGUCCAAGGCCUUAUGGUGGUUACCUUGGACAGAAUGCAAAACUUCCCUUGUUUGAGAGCUUUGGCCUUGAAGAUCCCUCCAACCAUGAAUCCCUCAGAAGCUUCACACAACUGAUGUGGCCUGAUGGCCAUGACCAGUUUUGCAACACUGUAUUUUCUAUGGUGAAGAAGUUGGAUGAGCUGAAACAUAUGAUUGAAGUGAUGAUUCUUGAUAGUUAUGGUUUGGGAGAUAAGUCAAAAUCGAUCAUGGCGUCUACGACACUGCUCAGGAUAAUGAAAUAUAGCUCACCUCCUUUGGGGCAGUACAUGCAGGGCCUCCAUGCUCACACCGACAAAGCACUUAGCACAAUCCUUUGUGAUGAUCAAGUUUCAGGGCUGGAAAUCGAAACAAAGGAUGGACAAUGGCUCAAGCUUUCUUUCUCUCCUACCUCCUUGGUCUUCGUCGUUGGAGAUCUCCUUAUGGCAUGGAGUAAUGGCAGAAUGCAUGCUGCGAAGCAUCGAGUGAUGAUCAGUGGAGAGAAGGAACGAUAUUCUUUGGGACAAUUUGUAGAUCCAGUAGAAGGUACCAUCAUCAAGGCACCAAAAGAGCUAGUAGAUGAAGAACAUCCCCGAAUUCUUAAGGACUUUGACUAUUCGAAAUUUAGCAAGUUCUUUUACUCAGAGGAAGGAAGGGCUGUUGACACACAAAUGCAAAUUUUCGCAUUUGCUGGGAUUCAUUAGACAAGAAGUGAACGCUCUCAUUUGCUGGCCUAAUCGAUAAUUGACUAGCUAGCUCCUCAGGUCUUUCACAUCUGUAGUUGUUUACAACACUAUGUACUUUACAAUUGAGAUUAACAACUUCAUAUAGCAUUAGUA